GGAAACACGAUCAUGGCCGGAAGAACAUUUCAAGAAGGAAUAUCCGAGGGACAAUCAACUACUCGUCCUCCACUUUUUGAUGGAACAAACUAUGCUUAUUGGAAAGAAAGAAUGAGAAUAUUUGUUCAAUCAAACGACUAUGACUCUUGGAUGGUGAUCAAAUACGGAGACACUACUCCAUACAAAGUUGUUGAUGGAAUUAAAGUACCCAAAUUGGAAUCUGAAUUCGAUAAUGGAGACAAGAAGAAUGUGAUGCAAAAUUCCAAAGCCAUCAACUAUCUCUAUUGUGCGGUCAAUCCUGAUGAUUAUAGAAAGAUUUCACGAUUCAAAACCGCUAGUGAAAUGUGGACAAAGCUUGAGGUAACUUAUGAAGGCACCUCGCAAGUGAAGGAUGCUAAAGUUGAUUUGUUGCUUCAUGAAUAUGAGCUAUUUUCAAUGAAAGCAAAUGAAAGUAUUGAUAGUUAUUUUGAGAUAUUCUCAAAUAUUAUCAAUAAUCUUGACACUCUCGGUAAACACUACACUGAUCAUGAUUUAGUUCGAAAAAUCCUACGAUGCAUGACUCUCGAGUGGAAAUCCGAAGUAAGAGCCAUUAGUGAAGGAAGAGACUACAACACCUUGACAUAUGAUACACUAAGGGGAAAGCUACUCACCUAUGAGACAUCUACUCUUUAUCCUCCGGUUGAUAGCAAGCAAAGGAAAUCUAUUGCACUAAAAUCUACCAAGGAGAUUGAGGAAGUGAGCCAUGAUGAAGACUCAAGUGAUACGGAAGAGAAUCCCGAACUUGCACUUGUUAUCAAACGCUUCAACAAAUUUGUCAAGAAGAAUUUCAAGCCAAGAAAGGACAACUCCAAGAAGUCCACACCACCCAAAUGCUAUGAAUGCGGUGAAGUGGGACAUAACAAGCCGUAUUGUCCUAAGUUGAAACAAGAGAAGGACAAGAAGUUCAAGAAGAAGCAAAAGGCCUAUAUUUCAUGGGACAAUAGCAGUACAUCUUCCGAAGCUAGCAAUGAUGAAGAAGAAACGACAAACUUAUGUCUUAUGGCACUUGAGGAUGAGAAGGUGAGUCUAGUAAAGCAAAAUCUGAAAAACAAAAAGAGGAAGUAAGGGAAAGUGAGAACAAUAAAGAUGAGCAUGUAGCAAAUGAGUUACCACCCGAAUGGAGAACUUCAAGACAUCAUCCACUCGACAAUGUUAUCGGUGAAAUCUCAAAAGGGGUAACUACUCGUAGCUCAUUACGUAAUUUAGUUAAUCAUAUGGCUUUUGUUUCUCAAAUAGAACCCUCUACCAUUGAUGAUGCCAUUAAUGAUGAGUACUGGACUAUGGCCAUGCAUGAAGAGUCGAAUAAAUCUAAGAUUUAUUC